AUGCAGCCAGCGUCUCUUUCUGGUCUGUCUGCGUUUGCAACUUCUUCAAGCCAGCAGUACAGAAUGAUCGGACCAGAUGGGCCGCUUGUAAGUGUUUCUGUCGCAUCGUUGCAUCCUUUUGGCUCAUGCCUAAGCGAACGGUUACAGCAAACCCUGUCCAGUCGUGCCACUGUUGCAGGUGCUUGUCCGGGAGGCAGAUUCUUUGGUUCGCAGACUCCUCGUUUGUCGCAGUCGUCGAUAGUACCAAUGUCCGGUUCGCAAAUGAACUUUUCUCAGCAGCAACGGGAUCCGCAGGGUUCUCCGUUCGUUGGUCAGGCGGCAACAAUGCACAUGUCUUCGUCGAGUACGGUCAAAGUUGAGCAAGUCUCACCACCAACCGCCGUGCAGCUGGUUCAGUCAGGGCAGGUCGGUGGUCACGGUCAACUGCAGUCGCAGUCGAGCAUUUCGACCACUGCCCAGCAUUCGGUACUCGCCAAUCAGCUACAUAACGUCUCCGCCGGUUCAGCACAAGGACAGUUUCCAAGGACGGCUUUGAUCUUGCAGCAGCAACCUUCCACUUCCCUUCUGAUACAGUCGAGGCAGGCGAUUCAACAGCAGCCUGCUGUCAGCCAGAGUUUGCCAACUACCAUAUUCACGCCUGCCGUUCUUCCGGUUACGAACGAAGCUCGUACGCCAUCCGGUGACAAGGUUAGUGCUAUUCUGUAG